CGGGUAUUUCUGACGUAACGAACCAGCGACAACUCGAGCUGACUUCCUGCUUUGAGGCUAGGAAGAGACUGCUCGAUAGCCUUCCACAUAUUUCCCAAAAUUACUCUGAGCUUUCAGACUCUGGUCCAAGCUGCUGUGCAGAUUAUAUUGAACUCAACAUGUACUACUCCUGCUCCACAAAGAUUCUAGAUUUUUCCAAAUUAAAGCAUUAGAAGAGGAUGGAUUGGGACUAGGAUUAGGAUACGGAUUCUAUACAUUUUUUUUUGUAUGCAAUUUAAAAGCAUUAGAAGAGGACGGACUAGGAUUUGGAUUAGGACACGGAUUCUAUAACUUUUUUUAAAUUAAUUUAAAGCAUUAGAAGAGGAUGGACUAGGAUUGGGACUAGGAUUAGGAUACGGAUAAUCUCCACCAUUGUUCUUGGAAUCGAUCAGUGAGUUUGAAGCCUGCAGGUGCCUUCGGUUUAUUUUAGCAGGGCCUAACCAAUACCAACAAUGACUGAUGGAAGGAUCUACGUGGGAAAUCUUCCAAUGGACGCCCAGGAGAAGGACAUAGAGGAUCUCUUCUUCAAAUAUGGAAAAAUCCGGGAUAUCGAACUAAAGAAUAACAGGGGAACCAUCCCUUUUGCUUUUGUUCGCUUCGAUGAUCCACGGGAUGCGGAAGACGCGGUCUAUGGAAGGAAUGGAUAUGGAUUCGGAGACUCCAAGCUGCGUGUAGAAUACCCUCGCUCCUCUGGUGCCAAAUUUAGUGGCCCUAUGGGAGAAGGAGGUCCUAGGGGGAGGUUUGGGCCCCCAACUCGGAGAUCUGAGUUCCGGGUGAUAGUGACUGGCUUGCCCCAAACCGGGAGCUGGCAGGAUCUGAAAGACCACAUGCGUGAGGCAGGGGAUGUUUGUUUUGCCGACGUGCAGCGAGAUGGUGAAGGAGUGGUGGAGUUUGUUCGUCGGGAGGACAUGGAAUACGCCCUGCGCAGACUGGACGGGACUGAGUUCCGUUCCCAUCAGGGGGAGACGGCAAAUAUUCGUGUCCACGGAGAACGUGGCGCCAGUUACGGUCGCUCGCGGUCUCGCUCCAGAUCCCCCCGAGGGCGUGGCUACUCACCACCUCCUUACCAAAGCAGAGCGUCCCCUCCACAGCGCUACCAGUCACCCCCACGCCGCCUUGUGUCGCGCCAUAGCCCCCCAGCAAGGCGACACCCAGUACCGUACCAUAGCCCGCCCCCACGCCACUAUCGAUAGACCAGCUGGCCAUUCACAAGAGGGCACUGAUGAUUAGGCGCAGUUUAAUUAUUAUUUUUAUCCCAGAUCUCAAAUAAUUGUCCCCCUUUUGCUUGCUAUGUACAUUCCUUUAUCAGUCACCCCUGCCCUCCUGUUGGCCUUAAUAUUGUUGAUUUCCUUAAGCUUCAGCUCCCCAUGUCAGGUCACUAGUCAGCUCAGUUCUGAUGUCUGGUGAGACCAUUUGUUAACAUGCCAAUUAACUGGUCUUGCUGCUCAAGUACACAUAUGAACAUUAUCAGUUUGAUGAACACUGACCUGAGAAGUGCGACACCCAACAAAAACUAAAUGUGAACAUCUGCCUGCAUCGUCUAUUCCUUUUAAAUGAAUUGUAAGUGUGUGUGUGAACCUCUAAGAAUGAAUGAAUAUGUUUGGAAAUUGAUUUUGAUUGUAAUCUGGUAAACCUCUGUGAAAAUCCCAUGUUUUAUUUUAAAGAAAUAUUGAACUUUAGCCAGUUCAUUCCUCUGUUUUUGUAACCUGUGGUGUCUAUAUGCAGGCAUUUUGUUUUCAAUUAAAACACUGAAACAAACCCAA